AUGGCCUUCAAGAAAAGGGAUUCUGAAGAGGGAACUGGUGACUUAUUUAAAGAGGAAAGGUUGGAGUCAGAGUCCCUAGUGGGGACAGGUGGUAUUGCAAUGAGGCCCCGUGGAAGACAGAAGCACUCACCUCCCAGUCUGCCAAGAAUUCAACAGGUCGGCUGUGAGGUCCUUCAGGGCAGGAGCAUGUCCUGCAUUUCUGGGCCCCCCAGUACCUCUAGGGGCCUCUAUGAACUCAAUCUCACCAUGGAUGGCCCUGCCACCACGGGAGCAGAAGUGACUAUCUCGGCCAGCCUAGUGGCCAAGGACAACGGCAGCCUGGCCUUGCCUGCUGACACCCACCUCUACCGCUUCCACUGGAUCCAUACCCCGCUGGUGCUCACUGACAAGUUGGAGAAGGAUCUCAGCUCAACCGUCCGUGUGGUCAGCAAUGUACCUGGGGACUUCCCAGUCUCCGUCUGGGUCACUGCCGCUGACUGCUGGAUGUGCCAGCCUGUGGCCAGGAGCUUCGUUGUCCUCCCCAUCACAGAGUUUCUAGUGGGGAACCUCGUCGUCACCCAGAACACCUCCCUGCCCUGGCCCAGCUCCUACCUCACCAAGACAAUCCUUAAAGUCUCUUUUCUACUCCACGACCCCAGCAACUUCUUCAAAACCGCCUCGUUUCUCUACAGCUGGGACUUCGGAGAUGGGACCCAGAUGGUGACAGAAGACUCUGUGGUCUAUUAUAACUAUUCAAUCAUUGGAACCUUCACUGUGAAGCUCAAAGUGGUGGCUGAGUGGGAGCAAGCAAAGCCAGAUGCUAUGAAAGGUGUCGUGCAGAAGACCGGUGACUUCUCAGCCUCACUGAAGCUGCAGGAAACUCUUCGAGGCAUCCAAGUCUUGGGACCCACCCUAAUUCAGACCUUCCAAAAGAUGACAGUGACCUUGAACUUCCUGGGGAGCCCCCCUCUGACUGUCUGCUGGCGUCUCAAGCCUGAAUGCCUCCCACUGGAGGAAGGUGAAUGCCACCCUGUGUCUGUGGCCAGCACAGAAUACAACCUGACCCACAUCUUCAGGGACCCUGGGGACUACUGCUUCAGCAUCCGGGCUGAGAAUGUCAUCAGCAAGACCCAUCAGUACCACCGGAUCCAGGUGUGGCCGUCCAGCAUCCAGCCGGCUAUGUUUGCAUUCCCAUGUGCCACGCUUAUCACUGUGAUGCUGGCCUUCAUCAUGUAUAUGACCCUUCGUAACACCACUCAGCAAAAGGACAUGGUGGAGGUGGCUGAUUUUGACUUUUCCCCCAUGUCUGACAAGAACCCGGAGCCACCCUCUGGGGUCAGGUGCUGCUGCCAGAUGUGCUGUGGGCCCUUCUUGCUGGAGACUCCAUCUGAGUACCUGGAAAUUGUCCGCGAGAGCCACGGACUGCUCCCGCCCCUCUACAAGUCUGUCAAAACUUACACUGUGUGAGCACUCUCCCCUCCACCCCUACCACCCAUCUCAGUGUUAACUGACUGCUGACUUGGAGCUUAGGGCAGGGUGGUGUGCACCACUGAGCAGGAGGGCUUCAUGUGUGUGGGGUCAUUUACCCUGGCCGGCCGGCCACCUGUACAGUCUAGCUGCCCCUUUCAGUCACUCCUCUACCCCAGCUAUCUGCCCAUCUAUAUAGUUCAGCCACUGUUGUGAGUCUCUCUUGGGCCUCCCCUCUACCCUCUAUCUUUGAAGAGGCUUCAAGAAGGAUUCUGACACUUGGCGUGUUCCCUGUUCUCUCCCAGGUGGGCCUGGCUGCCCUUUACCUCUUCCCUCAUAUUGGCACACCUGCUGUCCAAUGAGGGCAGCCUUUCUUUCCUUGGGCAGCCUUGUCUAUGCCCCAGAGUGAGGAGGAAGGUCACAAGUGGUUAAGGAUACAUAAUGAAAGGUUAUAUACACAGAUGGACACUCUUGCAGAGAUGGAUGUGUACAUGCGCAUGCACACACAUGCAGAAAUACAUACACACAUGCCACAUGGGCAUCUCUGAUGAUUUGCUUUGUAUUUGUAAAGUUGGUUGUUGAGAAGCAGCCUGAGUCAGAACUAAAAUGAAAUUGACCCUCUGGCCCCCAGCAGCUCCAGAGCCCAGCUCCUCCCUCUGUGUAUUGUCUCUGCAGCUCCCUGUUAUAGUAAGGCCACCCUAUUUCCUGCCUGCUUGCUGGGAGCUGGGUGAGGGCAGGACUAACACUUUGUGAGUGUGGAGUACUUUAUAAAUGUCACCUUUUAUUGAAAAUCAUACUUAUCAUACCAUUGAAGAAAAUACCUUGUAUCAAAAAAUGAAGUUGAGCCAGGAAGACUUGGGUUCCCUGUAAUGGGGGGUGAGAAGUGGUGAUCUUGCCCACUCAGCUGAUCCCAUGGGGACCUUGAGAAGAAGGGAGCAGGCUGAUAGAACCUGAGUGAGAGAACCAGCCCACUCCCUCCCCUCUGAUCUGAGUAGAGGGAGACACUUAUUAGGCCCAGGUGCAAAUGUCUGGAGCAGCCUGAGCCUAUCUGUGGAGGGAAGGGCUGGGCUGGGGGCCAGCUCUGUUACUGUAAUCAUUUGCUCUCAGACUUCGUGAUAAAAACAGCCUUUACACAGGAGUACAGCUCAUUCUCAUGAAAUACUGCCAUUAUUGCUGAAUAAAGCUUGUGUGCUCUGAAUAUAGCCA